GCGCUGUUACCUGCGCCGGAGCCGAGCCGCAUUCCGUUGCCCACCUCCGCGUUGGCCGUCGACACGAAGCCUUCGAAGUUCAAAUUUUAUAUUUAGAAAGUCGGUUAUACGUUGUGGAUUGUGUUACGUUCCUCAUUGGGAUGGCCAAUUUAUAAAGAGCGAGAAUGUCGCGGCUGGUGCUAGCGCUGGUGGUGGCGGGUGCAUCCGCGCAGCUCACCCUGGACGGCGUGCGCUGCGGGCAGCUGCUAUGCCAGCAGGACCAGUACUGCUCGCCAGAGACCAACCGCUGCGCGCCCUGCAGCCUUAUUUGCAACACCACGCAUCACAACUACGACGCAGGGCUUUGUGUCAAGGAAUGCCAAGGUUAUCUUUUGGAUCUGCGCUACAUGCGCCGGUCACAGGAGCCCGAGUCAACUACCGAUUAUGGCAGUGUGGAGCGCCAGGCGCGCGCGGCGCUGAUCCUCAGCGGCGUGGCGCUCGCUGUGUUGCUACUGGCGCUGGUGCUCAUUUGCCGUGCCAAAUUUUCCUGGCGGUAUAUUAAACAAAAGUUCCAGCCUUCAAAGAAUCGAGUAAAGCAGUAUCCCGCGACGGGACUCACCCAUCACAACCCUCAUGCGGAAAUGCCGAAACCGAAACCAGAACUUAAAUUAGAUAUACCGAAUCCUGAACCCUUAAAACGGCCGCAGCCCCUAAACGCGCGAGACCUGGAGACCAGGACCUCGCAGACCGAAAAGAGCCAGGGAGCCACGACCCCCAAGACGAUGAGCACGGCGCUGAGCAAUCGGCACCCCGCCGAGGACACCACCUUGGAUUUCUCGUACGACAACAUGGCCAUGAACGUCACUCCUCCCGAGCGCGCCGCAACCAGUCACAAGUUUUAAUGCUCAGCGGUUGGCACCAGAUUGGAGACUAUUUAAUCUAACUAUUAAAAAUAUUUAGUAAUCUCUUUGUAUCAACAUACGACACGUAUCUGAGCGACUUUAGUCAUCGUCUACUUUAAAACCUAGAUUCCUUCGAUAGUUGUAACUUGCACCGAGCACGUAGGUACUAUUUAAGAUAAAUCAACAGUCGAAGCAUUUCGGUAGUGCUUAGCCCUUCGUAGUGCAGCUCAAGUAUUGAUUUUGAGAUUAUUGUGUGUGUAUCCUAUUUUUUCGAUACUAAGAAAAAAAUACGGAUGGAGGAAUACAUACAUCGUUUUCUUGUUAAUUAGGUAGGUAAUACCUUACGGAAGACUUCAUUUAUCAAGAUUUGAUUAAAAAUCUUGUUCUUAACUAGGAUCUUAUCAAUAAGAAUAUCAUAAAGAUCAUAAAUAGGACCAAAUUAAAUGGAAAUAUGGAUACGAGAGCAAUAAAAAUAAAUUAGUAACAUUCAUAAAUGGUAAAUUUUGUUCUUUGAGAAUCUUCAUAAGAGUUGUAUGGUCUCGUAAAUCUCCUGUAGCAUCUCAUUGUAAGUACUUAAUGUAUAAACUUUAUAGAACUAUUAUUAUAAUAUUUUAUACUUGUAUUAGUUAUUAUAUGGUUAGGGAUGGCUGCGCUUUGCUCAAGUCAUUGCUUAUUGUACAUAGUAUCUUGGUAUUAUAAUAAAUGGACAGCAGGAGUUAAGAUAGUCCAAAUCUGGUUGUUUUGGGUACAUGCACCUACGUUAAGUAGUUCCCAGCAUUCUGAUACCUUGGUAAAUGAGGGGGAUAUACUUAUAGUUAGAAGUAAAGAAUUUUUCUUCAAUUUCUUAUGCUUUUUAAAAUACGUACAUCGAACUACAAAACUGCAUGGACUUUACUUUAGGAAUGAAUUCAUUUAUAAAGCGGGAAUGCAAAUUUGCGGCUGGGUGUAAAAUGUACAUGUAGUAUGUGCACAAAUAAAAUAAUAUCAUUCUAAUAUUGGAUAAUUUGUAAAUCGAUUACACCAUUUUACUUUUUUGACGAAGUGGCUGUAGAUUUUGAAGAAAUUUCUAAUUGUAUAGUAUUUUCAGUUUCAUACUUCUAUCUGAUAAGCGAAAACACCUUCGAAAUCUCUUGGCACUUUUAUAAAAGUGUCUAGGAAAGUGAUUCUAAAGAAACAUUGACCCUAUUACGACCUCGAUAGUAAUAAUUCUCUAUAUAUUUCAGUUAUCUUGUUUUAAAUAUUUUAUGUGUAUUAGAGCGAGUUCGACUCGGGUUAAGCAUUCAGCAUGGCUGAAGUAGUUUUGCUUAGUAAAUGUUCGUUGUAUGUGUUGGACCGUUAUAAAUAGUUGCUUACUGUGUAUCCUGUUAAGUUUUUGAAUUUAGAAGUUUUUUAGGCUUGUGUGGCUUGGGUGCUUUUUCAUAUAUUAAUACUUUGUUAGUGAACAUAACCAUUCUUGUAUUUGGUCUCUUAUCGGAUUCGUGGUCAUGUAUUUGAUAAGGCCAAAGUGGUUGAUUUAUGUUUAUAGGGUUCCACCUAAACUAGUCGGUAGUGACCCUGCUUACUAAGCACGAGGUCCCGGGUUCGAACCCUGUAAGGGCAUUUAUUUGUGUAUUUAGCACAUAUAUUUGUUCCUGAGUUAUGGAUGUUUUCUCUGUAUAUAUUAUAUAUGUAAUAUAUAUGUAUAUGUAUAUAUAUAUAUAUGUAUAUAAAUACCUAUAAAUAAUAUUUGGAAUGUUUGCCUAAAGUACGAAUCAGCAGUCAAAGAUGAAUGAAAGAAGUUCAAAUAAUGAAUAGUGGAAGACAUUCCUGCCACUUAAAAGAGGUUCCCUCGAAAUUAACGAAAACAUCUACAUGUUGUAUGUAUAUUUGCAGAAAUGAUUGAAUGAGAUAACUGGUGGACCACUAAAGUGUUAUUUUUAAUACUGAUUGACUACUUGGCAUUGCGGCUGCAAAAUUAUGUGGAAAGUGUCUGCUACAUUUUUUACACCAAUAGUCGUGAGAAGUGACAGCAAAAAAAGUUACUUACUCAUGUCGUAAGUACCCAAUGACGUUGAGAAUUUUUAUUUGAUACCUAAAGAAUCAUCAAUCAGCGAAUAUAAAUAGAGAACUAGAAAACAGGACUGCAACUUAAAUGAGUUCCUAUCUGGAUAAUAAAUUAGUAAUGUUCUCAAUCAAAAGGUACCAAAAUUUCAUAGUCGAAAAGGACACUUUCACAAUAAAAUUUACAGAUGCUGUCACCAUCAUAUAAUCGAUAUGAACAUUUUACCUAAACGUGUACUUGUACCUUUUCCUGGGAAAAUAGUUUUUUUUCUAAGAGAACUAAUGCAAAAUGUUUACAAAAUAUGAGCUAUGCAAGGAGAAAAUAAAUAUCAAUGAGGUUAUAGGCACUUUUGACGUAUAUCCGGAGGAUUCAAAUCCGUCAGAGAAAUGUAUAUCCUAAAUUGGUAGUGACAUGUCACAAAAAUCAUUCACAGACGAAAGCGUUGUCCACCGCUAUCUGCUGUAGUGCCACGAGGCUAUUUAUUUGACUAACGAGCAGAGCGACGGUUUUAAUGUCGGUCCAUCCACCAAACGGAAGGUUGAGUAAUACCGUCAUUUAGCCAACGGAGCGGUUCACUAUGCAUGCCAAAAGUCUUUAUGAAUGUAUUAUUUAAAACAUUGCUUGUUCGCUCUUCGUUUAACUUGGACUUAACUUUGUUAACAUAAUAAUACAAUGUUAUACCGUCAAACAAUAUUGAAGUACCUAUUAUUACAAAACAUAACAAACCUUAUUAAGACAGAAACAUUUACUAAUCGCUCAAGCUUAUUUAUUGCACACAGGAACGUUUUUAUUAUUAUGAGUAGGAUAUGUGAGUACUACAAUCGUAUAUUAUAUUAAAAAAUCACUCAACUCUCACUAGUUUCAACAUUCUAUUUCACGAAUAGGUAUCUUUAUCAUGACACUGACACCUCAUUCUCUACAACGAACAUGGUUAUCUGUACCCCUAGUGUAACUUUGAUCGACAUCAUAACGUGACGAACGCGUUUGCGUUAAGUGUCAUUUUGUAUAGGAUUUUGAGUUUCCAAAACGUCCCGCUUGGCGCGCUCUUUCGAAAUUCAAUACAAAAUGAGACUAAACGCAAACGCGUACGUCACGUUUGGAAAUCGAAUUUAUUUACACUAGGGGUACUGAAGUGGAAAAUAUACGAAUAUAUCCGAGUGGGAUAGCCAACUUUAGAUCAGAAGGAUCACUCUUUAUCAAAACCGGUACAAAUACCCUAUCUCUUUCCCUAAAGUAGAGUCUACCAACACUAACUUUGCAGCAAAGCGAGGAACUGUCAUUAUAAAUGUCAAAUUUUCAUAGAAAUUUGGUAUGUAUUAUCGAGGACAUUGCCAGCGGGUCCCUUUCUUUCGCAUAAUUAUCGAAAGUCAUAUUAUCAUUAGUCAUAAUUAUGACUUAAAACUUUAUGGGAAACAAUAGAGACCCCAUUGCCAGACUUUGUCAUUGCAAUGAGAAUGGUGUUCAGAGUUAGCUUGGUCCGAUUCUAAUAUAAGUUUCACACUUGAUAAAAUAAUAAUGUCUAAAAACUAAGAACAUAAAGGGUAUAGCAGGAUAACCUAAGAAAAAUUGUCUUGAUGCCUUUUGAGGAGGUAAUACCCUGCACAAAGUUUCAUCCCUCUGUUCUUUCUGGGCUAGGUCAAUGAAACUUGUAUGAUGUAGAAUAUAAAUUUGUUCAUGUUUGAAAAAAAAAAUGGUGUAUGUACCAAGAGCCAAAUUUGUUAUACAGAUUGAUUAUUUUUUAUUUAUUUUACAAGAAUUUAAAUGGUUAGGGGGGUCAUAUUUUUUCAACAUAUAGCAUUUAGCCUCAUUAAUAUUUGUACAAAAUUUGAAAUUCGUCACUUUCAUAGUUUAGGAAAAAAUAAAUAAAACAGUUUUGGGGUUAAUCGGGUGAUUUUACCCCCAGGGGGUAACAGAGGGAUAAAACUUAGUGCAGGGUAUUACCUCCUCAAAAGGCAUCGUUUGAUUAUAGUUUCGAUCCAAAAACGCUGGGGAUAAUUUUUCUUAGGUUAUCCUGCUAUACCCUUUAUGUAAUGUGGAUGUGGUCAGUGGUUACCCUUUCCAUUAUCUUAUCAGCCUUUCUACGCAAGUGUUGGUCCCACCAAGAUGGCCAAUUUAUCCACAAACUGAAACCAGCGUCAGUAGGUCACAUUACAGCGGUCUCUUUAUUUAUAUAACCAUUCAUAGCUGACAGUUUCCUAACUACUCCAAACGAGCAGUAAACGAACCUUAUACAAUAUAUAGACACAUAUGUAUACAAUCUAUGCUUAUUUUUCUUUAAAACCACUUUAAGUCUAGAUUACGUACCUAACACAUACAAAUUAUUAUAAAAUUUUCUUUAUGAAGUUUUAUGAUUUGUACAGUACUUAACUUAGUUUUAAAAUAAGGACCGUCCAUACAUUACAUUCCAUUAGAUUAGUAAUUAGGUUAAGCAUACAAUGUUUUUUAAGUGAGUAGGCUAUCAAAUGAAUUGACUUUUAAGAGAUAACAAAAUAUGUUUACUGAAGUGGAAUACCUGAUUCAGCGCAGAUUAAUGUCCCGUAUAAACCUAUUAAAUUUGCUCUUGAAUAGGACGUCGAUGUUAUUAGCUUUCGCUUGCUAACUUGGUAAUCCGAUCCAAUCAUUUGCUCCCGCUUGUUGAAUAUUAGUAACAGAUAGAUAGUGCCCUAGUUCAACGUCAAAUACUUAUAUUAAGGGGUCAUGCAAUGAAUAACUAUAGGUAUAGUGUACCAUAUAAUGCACAAUAAUUAAAAUGCAUAGCCUGAGUGUUAGCCAAAUGCAAGAUAUGAGCUGCCACCUUAAUAAGUAAUUACAUCGGUCAGGAAUUGAGGAAAAACCGGGUUUUGCAAGAAGAAAGAUUAUUCCGUUUUCCAUCGUCUUGCAACUCUUGUAAUCGGCAAUAGCUUAUGACUUAUUUGUGAUAGUUCGUAUGUGUCUCCUCUGACCUAUUAUAGAGCAAGAUCCCAGAGCCGCCAGACCUUACUUAUUUUCUCAUGCAUAAAAUGUACGGGAUAAUAUGUACUUUUAAUGUUUGCAUACUUGCUAUAUUGGCCCGACGGCCAUUUGUCCGAUACAAGGUACUAAACUUAGGUAAAAAUAUUACUAUCUUUUCUUAAAUUCUCAUGCCUGAUUUUUAUUUAUGUUUUAGAAAAUAUUGUUAAAAAUUUAUACUCAACAAUGCCCGACCAUUUUCGCCGCAAGUAACUAUUAACAGACGCUUUAAAACUGUCAAAAAAUAUUGUAACUUUGCUUUCAUUCUCACUCUUGAUUUUAUAUAUGAUACUGAGGGCACUAUUGCUAUUACAUUUUAUAAGUAGUGACACCAAUUGGAGGGACCCCAACCAACCCCCAAACCCACAUAAAGUUUAUAUUUGUAUUUAUGUAAAACUUUAUGUGGGUCUGGGGGAUGGUUAGGCCCCUGCAAUUGGUCUGGCUACUUUCAAAAUGGUUUGUAAUAGUUCCCUGAGUAUCAUAUAUAACAAUCAAGAUUGAGAAUAUAAGUAAAAUUACGAUAUUUUUUUAAAAGUUUUAAAGCAUCUGGUAAUAGUUAUCGUCGACGGAAAAGGUCUGGCAAUGUUGAUUAUAAAUUUUUAACAAUGUUUUCUAAAACAUACAUAAAAAUCAGCCAUGAGAAUAUUGAGAAAAGUUAGUAAUAUUUUUACCUAACUUUAGCACCUUGUACCGGACAAAUGGCCGUCGGGCCAAUAUAGCAAGUAUGCAGACAUUAAAAGUAUAUACUAACACUAUAUUAUCCCAUACAUUUUAUUCAUGAGAAAAUCAGUAAGGUCUGGCGGCUCUGGGAUCUUGGACUAUUAUACUAGAGUAAAAGCUACAUAAUCAUGUGAUACCUAUGCAAGUGAAAAAAUAGUGACUCUGACGAGUCUUAAUAAUAAACCCACUGUUUUGGUUGGCCAAACAGUUGAUUAUUAGUAUGGUUGUAGUUUAGUUAUUUUGUACUCGUUAUUGAACCCUUGUGGCAAUACGUACUUAAGCAUUGAUUGUAAAAAAAUAUAUAAAUUAAUAGUAUUUUGUUAAUAUUAAACCUAGGGUAAGUAUUAAGAAAAAUAUUUAGUUUCAAUCACUAUCUUCAUCUAUUUCUCAGUGAAAUCUCUAUAGAUUGCACCUAUGUACUCCCCUAUAUAACUACGACUCCUUGGAUGGAUUGUCAUUGGGGUCUUUGAUGUGACGUCUCUCAGACAAUUAAGGAAAUGAGAAUAGUCCACAGAAUAAAAUCACAAUGACAUUUGCCUUCGAGAAAUAUAUUUUAGUGACUGAAUCUAGAUCUUGAUAUCAUCCUAUAGAAUGCGACGAAUUAUUCAUAUCAUGUAAUAAAACUAGGCACUUAUUUAAAUUUAUAAAUAGCGGUAGGAUAGUGUAAUUCGUAGCUACUUAUUUAACAAGUAUUUUGAUAUUCAUAAUUAGUGUCUAUUUAAUAAUUUGUACAUUUGUCGCCCUCAGGAAGUCCGUCCAAUAAUUAAGACUAAUGACAAUCAAUCACAGUCGAUUGAUAGUCCUUGAUAUGUAAUUUUACAAAUAUACAUAUCUUAUUUAAGUCACGUUUUAAUGUAAAGUUAGGUACCUAUAUAUUAAUUAAUACUUGUAAUAAAUGUUUAAUUAUAA